CCUAUCCGGUGGAAAUUUCCGAUAUUCUUUAUGGUAACUGCUCCACCUCAAGAAUUUCGUCUGAAUCCUCUUGUCUUUAUCUUUUUACCAUUUCUUGCUCAGAGCUCUCUUCAACAAUGGUUAAAUAGGAAAGUGAAUAUUUUUCUCAAAUCUCUCUUUCUCUUUCAAACUUUCAAAUACACAUUCUUGGUCUUUCUUGAAUUACUCAAAUCUUCUUCUCUCUUAUCCCAAAAUCAUGUCUCUGCUCUAAAAACCCAAAUUCAAAAAUCUGUCUAAAUCUUCUCAACUCUUGGUGGGUUCUUGAAAGUAAACAUUUUUUUUAAAAAAAAAGAAAAGAAAGAAAUGAGACAAUUUGUUAUAACAGCUCUUGUUUUACUACAAGCUUAUGUUCUUCAUCAAUCCACAUGUGUUGUGUCCCUCACUACACAAGAGUCUCCUUCUCCUCAACCUUCUGCUUUCACUCCCGACUUUUCUCCUGGUUUGCAACAAGGAGAGAAGGAAUUGCAUAAACAAGAUAGUAACAACAUGAGACUGGUUAUUUCACUAGCAGCUACAUUUUCCUUAGUUGGGAUAAUCUUAGUUUGCUCUCUGCUUUAUUGGUUUUGCCAUAGGAGAAGAAACCUCAAGAGCUCAGGUUGUGGGUGUAGUGGAAUCACAUUCUCACGUUUCUUGAAUCGGUUUAGUCGCUCAAAAACAUUAGACAAGAGAACUACAAAGCAGGGAAUCGUGUCGUUGAUCGAUUACAAUAUACUAGAAAAGGGAACUAGUGGUUUCAAGGAGAGUAACAUUUUGGGUCAAGGUGGAUUUGGAUGUGUAUAUUUGGCCACAUUAGAGAACAACAUUUCAGCUGCGGUCAAGAAGCUAGACUGUGCCAAUGAAGAUGCGGCUAAGGAAUUUAAGAGUGAGGUUGAGAUAUUGAGUAAGCUCCAGCACCCGAAUAUCAUAUCUCUUUUGGGUUAUAGCACGAAUGAUACUGCACGAUUCAUCGUCUAUGAGCUGAUGCCAAACGUUUCUCUGGAAUCUCAUUUGCACGGAUCUUCUCGGGGUUCGGCGAUCACAUGGCCUAUGAGGAUGAAGAUUGCUCUUGAUGUAACAAGGGGAUUAGAAUAUUUGCAUGAACAUUGUCAUCCAGCAAUCAUUCACAGGGACUUGAAAUCAUCCAACAUCUUAUUGGAUAGCAAUUUCAAUGCUAAGAUUUCAGAUUUUGGUCUUGCUGUUGUUGAUGGGCCAAAGAACAAGAACCAUAAACUUUCCGGGACAGUUGGCUACGUUGCACCAGAGUAUCUUCUCAAUGGCCAAUUGACAGAAAAGAGCGACGUGUAUGCUUUUGGAGUAGUGUUAUUAGAGCUUUUACUCGGGAAAAAACCCGUGGAGAAACUAGCUCCCGGUGAAUGCCAAUCCAUCAUCACUUGGGCAAUGCCUUAUCUCACUGAUAGAACCAAGUUACCGAGCGUCAUAGAUCCUGCUAUUAAAGACACAAUGGACUUGAAACACCUUUACCAGGUAGCGGCAGUGGCGGUUUUGUGCGUGCAGCCAGAACCGAGUUACAGGCCGUUGAUUACAGACGUCUUGCAUUCUCUUAUUCCUUUGGUUCCAAUGGAACUUGGUGGAACCUUAAAAACCAUCAAAUGUGCUUCAAUGGAUCACUGUUAAAACAUCAUAGAAAACCGGGGUUUUUUUAAAAUUCGGUUUAAUAUUGACCGGUAGGUGGUUUUGAUGUGUAUAUUACUAUAUUGGGUUAGAAGUUCUCACCGGAACAUAACAGUAACAAAUUUUUUUCAUCUUA